AUGAACGCUGGCAACGAUAUCGACCCAGAGGAAGAACAAACAAAGACGAUAAAUGAAGAGUACAAAACUUGGAAGAAGCACGCACCUUUGCUAUACGAUCUCGUAGUCUCACACACUCUCGAGUGGCCUACAUUAACAACCCAGUGGUUUCCUGAUGCUGAAACUUCACCAGAUAAAGACUACACGACCCAUAGACUUUUAAUGGGUACAAAUACAUCAAAUUUAGAACAAAAUAUGUUACAUAUCGCUCAAAUAAAGCUACCAAAGCAGUCAGACGACGUUGAUCCAGCAAAGUAUGAAGACGAGAAGGGUGAAAUUGGCAGUCAUAGCGCGACUAACAAAGUAGAAAUAAUACAAUCUAUCAAUCACGAUGGUGAGGUUAACAGGGCGCGCUAUAAUCCAUACAACCCAGACUUGAUCGCUACACGUACAGUUAUGGGUCCAAUUUACAUCUUUGAUCGCACAAGACAUGAGUUAAAGCCAAAAGCUGAUGGUACUUGUAACCCUCAGAUAGUUCUACGCGGUCAUGAAGGUGAAGGAUACGGUAUGGAAUGGUCACCUCUUAAAGAGAAUCACAUCAUUUCCGCAUCUACUGAUACCACCGUCCGUCAUUGGGAUAUAUCAAACUACCAAUCAACAAACAAUAUCUUAGAUCCUAUCAAUACAUACCGCGGCCACACUGCUGCUGUUGAAGAUAUCUCUUGGCACGCAUCACACGAGAACAUAUUUGCAUCCGUAUCCGAUGAUCAACAUCUCUUCACGUGGCAACCUAGAUGGGACACUCGUGAUGCUACCCAGCCACACCAGAGAGUAAAAGCACACGACGCAGACGUCAACUGUGUUGCGUUCUCGCCAUCCCAACCAUUCCUUUGCAUUACUGGAUCAGCAGAUAAGACUAUUGGUUUAUGGGAUCUCAGAAAUCUUAAAAAGCGUCUUCAUUCUAUUGAAGGUCACAGUGAGGAUGUAAUGAACUUGGAGUGGUCGCCGCACGCAGAGACUGUCUUUGCAUCUGCCAGUAACGAUAAAAGGGUUUGUUUGUGGGAUAUCAGCCGUAUUGGUGAAGAACAAACACCUGAAGAUGCUGAAGAUGGUCCACCUGAGCUUAUGUUCAUGCACGGCGGUCACACGAAUGCGAUUACUGAUAUCAGCUGGUCCAAGACCCUACCAUUCACAAUGAUGAGCGCUAGUGAAGACAACGUCGUCCAACUCUGGUCGCCAUCCUCACAUCUAUACGCUGCAGAAGAAGCGCCAAUCGAUGUCGAUGAAUUGGAGUAA